UUUGCUAUUUGCGUUUCAUGAUUCCAUAUGACUAAAAUAUUCGUGUAAUUUCAAUACGUUGGCUAGACUGCGAAAACGCGAGUAAUGGCGGGUAAUAAAAAAUGGCCAUGGGGAUAGUGGUGAUGGAGAAGGGAAUUUAACGGGGAAGUCCCAACGGGAAAGCCAUAGCUGCGAGCCGAUUGGUGACGCUAGUAGCGUUAGAAAAAAAAUAUUAGAACAAUGAUCUGUGUACUCUAUAGUUUGCGGCUGUGCGUCAUAAUUGGAGAAAUGCUACUGUCUACCCAUCUUGAGAUUGUUAAUAGUAAAUGGAAAUAACAACACUGAAGUGGAGAUUAAUUGAUUGUGUGUUCCUUAUAGAUUUUCAUAAAUAUUUUGAAAAUUGAAUAUUUGUGAACUGGGUUGACGAUUAGGGAUAAAUAGCGAUAGUUGAAUCAGUGUCAACUGCAGUAUGUCAAACCACAAUCCUGCUCAGAGCUUAUGAUCCGACGCCAUUUUUUAGUUGGCGGGUAUUACCACCAACCACCGAUCGCCUGUCCUUUGACUAUAAUAGUUCGACUAGCAGGGGGUGUGUAACGCGUUAAAUAUAUGGAAAAAAAUAAUAAAGAAAGAAGGAAGAUCGUGUGCGCGCAGCGCGGGGCGAUGAUAAGAACCAAUUUGCUUUCGAAACCUCGCAAAGGCCUAUAAAGUGUGGGGGAAAAACCGGAGCAAAACAAAACACUCUCUAUAUAGAGGAGGCUAACCGUUGAUAUAGCGACAGCUUGGAACACAAAGAGCUAAGUUCUCUGCCAUAAACGCGGCUAAUACCUCAGCGGAGCCAAUGUUCUAACUACUAGAAUGGUAGCAAGAGGAAGAUGAGGUUUACAACAGGGAAAGAGCCAGGGGAUCGGGCAGAACUCGGGCACGACCAAAUCCCCAACAAUUUGGACGAGAGUAUGAUGGCUGCCACUGAAUGCAAGGAGCCAACUGAUGCCGGUUGCAUCGAGGAUGGUUCUAUGAUUUCGAAUCUUCCACUCCUUUUUGCGGACGGGUACCCAACUUCCCUGGAAAAAAUCACCUUGCCUCAACUGGAACGUUUCAUAACAUUUAUGGUGCAAUGCUCGUUCGGGCAUGAUACCGCAAAGGUGAUUGGCGAACCGCAAUGGUGGCCUAAGGAGAUCAAAUUCACAAAUCCCUUUGUACGGCCUCGUAAGAUAAACGAGAGCUGGAUGGGGAACCUGAAGAAACUGGUUUUUCGUUGCUAUACUUAUCACCGCAGCGAAUAUUUGCUGAGGUUUUGUUCCCACCUCGCUCAACACCCGAGAGACAAGCUAGAAUAUGUUGAUAAUUGGGACUCGACUACGAGCCUCUUCCACAAAAGCACUGGAAAGCUGCUUGUCACAUUCCGAAAUGAAAAUAUGAAUUACGAUAAAAAAAUUGAAAGCCCGCGAAGGUUGCUGCUUCCGAGGAAUAGCGGAGUUUCUGGACCAGCCAGCAAAACGAAACAGCAGCUGCAGACUGUGGUUCAGCCAGUUCUGUGCGAUGACAUAUAUCUCUGCGAUAACUGUGACGCCGAGUUCAAUGAGUUCAAGAAAAUGAAGGAACACGAAAAAUUGUGCUGCGAACAGGAACAAAGCAGCGGCAAUUCACGGCCUGUUACGCCGGAGGUAUCGGCAGGACCACAAAUGGUGCAAAAUCAGUUCCUGGAAUAUUUCGCGUUAUCGUCAAACGACUCGAAACGUUUACCGAAAAAAUCUUGCGCGGAAGCGACGACGAAAACGGAGGCGGUUCGAAGCUCUAGACGUAUUAGGGGAUCAGUAAACCUGGCACGUUGUCCAACGAUUCCGUUUUCCUCCCCCGCCGGUAUAGCGAUGGCUAAAAAAUCUCGUACCAUGACAGAAGUAACGCAACAAGAAAGACUUGAAAGGAUAGAGCGAUACUUGAUCGCUCCACCGCUUAGCAACGGUUCUCGACCGAGAUGGUUAGACAGAAUAACGGAUACUAGCCGAUGGAUCGUAUCGCAUAAAGCAAAUCGUGACAAGCCUCCUCAAGACGACUACGUACACGAGUACAAGUUCAAUUCUUUGAGGGGCAAGCCUAUAUUAAGCAUUCGAUCGCAGAUACUCUGCGUCGCAUGUCGCAAGGCUAUCGUACCCAUAACUUUACUAACGCCUCGACAGAUCGACGAGUUGAAAAGUAACCUUGAUAAAUACCAGCUCCCAAAACAGCGCGUUCGACAAAUACGGGGCGGUGGACCACGUCCCGCACCCAAAUCUAAACGGCGUUGUUCUUUCUCGUCGUCCCUUUCUGCCAAGCGUAAAUAUGCUGGCGUUGAGAACGACCUCAUUGUCAUCGACGAUGAUGAGUUAGCAACAGUGACGCCCAUUGCACGGGUACAAGAAACUCAAGAUUCAACCGAGCCUUUAAGAUCACCGGAAGUUAAGAAUCUCGGGAGCAGUUCUCAGCACGAGAACGAGAGUCUUGAAAAGAAUUUGAGUCGUUUAUCGAUAAUUCGAACCCCUGAGCUAAGAAGAGAUGAAGAAAGAUCAUCGACCAUAGAGAACAUAGUAACGGUUAUCGACCUCUGCUCCUCAGACGAAGAGGAUAAUUCGAAUGGAGUUGGUAAUACAUGCGAUGAAAACAGAGAUCCAAUGCAGUCGGAAAAUCAAAAUGUCACACCGACCUUUCUUACAAACUUUAUACCUAGGCGACUUCGCAUUGGUCCAUGCGUUUACACGACUGAUUCAACAAGCGAUUGGCUGAAGAGAAUAUCCGAGCCUUGUUCCGGCCUUUUAGAAUAACUACAACGAUCGUAAACAAGACAAGAUGUCUUUCAACUGAGUAAAUGGCUUAAGGAGACGUGGCAAGCUGAUUAUAAGUCCAUUUAUGGUUUUGAAGUGACGAAAAUCAAGGAAUUGUUUCAGCUCUGUUCGUAAGAAGUGCAAAUAAACUGUAAAUUUUUCGAUGCUUUUUCGAGUCAGAGAUUUUCGAAUUUACCGCCCGACGAUAGCAUAAUAAGUGCUACAAGAAUAUUGAAAUAUUUUUUUUUUUUUUUUGAAGGAUGCAAAGCGAUACUCAUACGUUUAUAUUUUUAGAUAAACGUUACUAAAAUUACAACAUAGACCGGUGGUGUGGAGAAAAGCCGAUUCGGUCGUAAUGAAUUUUAUAAAAUUUGAAAUAUAUCUUGCGCCCAGAUGUAUUUAUUGUAAUUAUUGUUAAUUUGGUUUUGAUUUUGUUUUUUUAUACGCGAAAGAUAUAUUUUCUUAUAAUUGCGAUGAGACAGCCUAUUUCUCUUACAUUAUUCAUUGUCUUAGUUGGACCUGAACAUCGUAGCUAAUUUUAAUGCAGCGGAAUUCUAAAAAAAAACCUUUGGUUUCGGCGUGAAAAAGGUAUGAAGCCCUUUUGUGGCCUUAAGAUACGUAUCUCGGACUCUGAUUCGCCGAAUCAUAGAGACUUUUGAAAUUAUUAUUCUCAUAUCACCUGCCAAAAAAUCGGUCAAUUUGAGACGCACUUUUUAUCGUUGAAUUGGAGUUUAAAUCAGAUAUUUCAGCGAGUCCUCGAGAAGGAGGCGUAAUGUUCACCUGUCCAAAGAAAUACGGUUUAUAAAUAAAAUUGAGUUUGUAGUUUUCAAAAGCGAAAUUUUUGAAACUCCGUACGACAGGGAAAUUGGGAAAAACAAACCUAUUUAUCUAGGUCUUCUAACAAAAAGAAAAGACGGUACUACAAUUCGAUUGUGCGCCGCUUUAUGAGUAGACACAUUAUACUAUCUACCAGUGACACAAUAACAGUAACCUCGAGUGACUUUGAUUUCUCAAUUUUCCGGGUCUAUCACGGGGAAAAUCUGAAUAUUCCUUAUACAGUUUGUCUUUUGUUUCUCCAUUUAGCUCGUCAAUUAUGAAUAUCAUUUUUCCAACGGAUUCGUCAAAAGGCUCGUUUCUUAUAAUGUAAUCGUUUUCGUAAAUCGGAAUCUGUAAAGGUAUAUAUUAUACAUAUAUAUAUACGUAUGUUUCUUUUGAAAUUACCAUUGAUUAGUUGAAUUUGCUGCGUCAGCCACGAUUUCAUACCGGGUAUCGUUUAGUUGGGCGUAUUUUUGUACUGGUAAAAUGUCAUUCUGUUAUUCGAAAACAGAAUUUUGAUCGUUAAACCGGUAGACGAAAUUUCUUUUAGGGUGCUGAAAUUAUAUUAUUAUUUUUCUUCACUAAAGUCAGAAUAUGUUUUCGCUACAGUAAAUUUUAUUGAAUUGUUGAAAAUGAUUAAGUUAAUCGUUGAAUUGAUAAAUCAUUUUUAUCAUACCGUAUCACAAAAAGAUUGAAUCAUAUGAACGUGAGAUUCAAGGGAAUAAAAUACGAAACAUGUAACACGAAAAGGGCAAAUUAGUUAGACAGUCUGCUAUACGUAUAGAAACACUCGUGUUACGUAUUGUCUUCAUUACGUGUUACUAUUGUUACAUUUGUUAUAUUGAGUUAGAAAACUAAUAUUUUUGAAUAAAAAUUUGUCAAUGUAUUUCCCGCGCACUACUCAUCUUUAAAACUAUGUAUUUAUCGUAAUUAUUAUUGUUAUUAUUAUCAUUUGCAUGAUCUUUAUUAUUAACAUUAUUGCGUCUUUUCCCGUAUUAAAAGAUCAAAUUCAUACAUUAUAAACCACACCACGAUACACUUUGGAACCUAUAUCAGAGGCCCGCGAAACUUGCAAUUUGCAAGAAGAAAGAUGAAACGUUCGCUCUCGUUAUUGAAUUUAUUCGAUUAUUUUUUUCCUCGACAAAUGACGCGAUGAUAGUUGAUUUCUUUUUUUCCAAUGCGUUUAAUCGUAUGCGACUUGGUCACGUACUGAUUUCAACAAGAUUCAUUCAGUUUUAACUACGUAUGUACGGUGUACAAUAUAUACAUAAUACGAAAAUACGCUUAUUCUGUCAGUUGUAGCUCUCACCAUUUGCGAAAAUCAAGUAAAAAUCAAAUCGAAUGUUUGAACAAAACUUUUUUGGGUCAAAUAUUAAUUGUAAGCACGAUUCUGAAAGUUCAUUAUUGAAAUGGACAGGUGGGGCGCAGAGAGAUUUACACACGGUACGAAUGCACGAUAGAUAUUGUUAUUAUAAUAAGGUAGAUUUGCAUAACUUACUACGAUUAUGAUAUCUACAUAUACGGCUGUUUAUACCGAAGUAGCACGAAGGUUAUUAUUAUUAUUAUCAUUAUUAUUAUUUCUAUUAGCAUUAUUAUUGCGACAAUUGUUACUUUUAUUAUUAUUAUUAUUAUUAUUAUUAUUAUUAUUAUUAUUAUUUUUAUUAAUAUUAAUAUUAAUACAACGAUUUGCGACCGAUAACUAUCAUUUAGAUGAUUAUGCGUACAUUUAUAUAGUGAUAAUAUGUAGUAGUAUUACAAAUACGUUAGCGAAUAAUUAUAUAUUUUCUCAUUGUAAUAUAUACCGCAGAAAUUUUAUUUAGAUUGUAUUUCAAUAUUUAAUCAUUAUAGACUACAUACGCAUGUGAUCCCCCGUAUACAAAUUUGUAUUUAUACUGAAUUAUCAACGUUAUGCGCUUAUUUGAAAACUAUCAUUAUCAUAAAUCCGAUUUACAUCCCGCGAUAUCAUUGUAAUGAAUUUAUUAAAG